AUGUUGCAGGCAAAAAUAAGGCUUCUUUCUUUAAGGGCUGUGAAUGAUACAGCUGAAAGAGCUGUUAAACUUAUGCAAGAUUUUCAUGGUUUAAUUACUGCAAAAGAAAGUGUACAAGAGCAUAGAAAUCUAGAGAAAAAAUUCUUUAUUCCAUGUGCUGUUAUGGACUACCUCACGGAGCAAUUCAUUUUUACUCUACCAGAAAACAAUCGAAAAAACAUAAACAAAGUGUGCGAUCAAGUGGAGUUGGCCCAUUGGCAUUAUUUGGACGAAUGCGUUGCCAAAAACUCAAGACUAAAAACGUGUAGAUUUUUUGAUUUUGCUUUACAAAUAUUUAAUCAUGUACACUUUUUACAAGAAGUUAGAAAAGAUCUUCAUGCCAUCCUUAAAGCAUGGAUCAAAUCCAGGAUGAGUAUUCCUACGUAUGGUGGAAUUAUUCUUUCAAGGUCAAGAAGUCAUGUCCUUUUGGUGCAGAGUUAUUGGAGAAAGACUUGGAGUUUUCCUAGGGGUAAAGUUUUAGAUGGUGAAGAUCCUGUUAAAGGAGCCACAAGGGAGAUAUUUGAAGAAACAGGUUUUAAUGCAUCUUCAUACAUUUUUAAGGAUAAAUACUGUGAAUUAAUAAAAGAAGACAAUGUUCUUAGACUUUAUUACAUCGAUAACGUUCCGUUUAAUACUAAGUUUAGGCCUGGGAACAAAUUUGAAGUUUGUAACUGCAGGUGGUUUAAGAUUAAUGAUAUUCCUAGGCACGAAGAAGAUUUUGAGGCGGGAAACAGGAUAGGGUUUCGUCCUGAGACAUUUAAAAUGGUAUUUCCAUUUGUUGAAAAGUUAAAGCAACUUUCAAAAUGGCGUUAA